AUGAAUCCACAUCAGAAGAACAAGAUUGACAUCAACUCCCUCUCCGCCGACGAGCAACGCCUCUUCCGCCUUUACGGCAAGCUUCCCAACAAGAAAGAUCUCCUCCAGAACAAGCUUAAGGAGCGCAAAUACUUCGACUCCGGAGAUUAUGCCCUUUCGAAAGCUGGCAAAGCCAGUGAUACUGGUGUCACCUCAAUCGGCACUGAGCAUCCCACGGCCGACGGUAUCCCUCACAUGUCACCCCUGACGAACACUGUGACGCGAGGUGACUCCGUAUCUGCCGGUUCACCGCCCCAGGUCUCCUCCCCAGUCGGUAGCGCCGCCGACCAAGGUCAAGGUCCCGCUAGCUUGCACCGGGGAAGCAUCAAUGGCAUUCCUGGUGGUGGUUUACCCGGGCACUCUGCAAGCAGAAGUCCAAUCAAGGAGAGCAGCUACCUGGCAAGGACUGCUAGCGUGGAUGAGGCUCAAGAGGGCAGUGGCGCGAACACGAUUACUACAAGUAAAGAUGGAGGUGCCGGUCCGCAAGGUAUUCCGAUUCGUAGAUAG